CUGGCUAGGGCAAAUAUUCGCGACUCUGGGGAGAAGCUAUGACGGAGUACUGGGUGAGCCAGGGGAACAAAUGGUGCGAGUUUUGCCGGAUUUUCAUUGCAAACAAUGCCGUGAGCAUCCGAUCGCACGAGCUGGGGCUGCGGCACAAGGACAAUGUCGCGAAGAAGGUUUCGAAGAUCCACAAGGACAGCAUUAACAAGGAGAAGGAGGAGCUACGAUCGAUUAAAGAGCUGGAACACAUCGAAUCUAAAGCAGUGAGGAAGUACCAGAAUGACAUUGCCGAUGGCAAUAGUUCUCUGGCGACUCCAACGCUGACGGCCUCCAAGAUUUACGAGUGUACAACAUCUGGAAGCCAACAUACUUACAGUGGCAAGAGCACAGUAGCUCAACGUUCUCAGAUCGAAGAAGCUAAGCAAGAAUGGUUCAGUGAUUCUGCUACAGGCUACCAGUUCAAUCCAGCUACUGGUCACUACUUCGACCCGAAGUCUGGUUUUUACUAUAGCGAUGUUCUAGGACAAUGGACAACCGAAGCAGAAGCUCUUAAAGCAGCCAGGCUUUCCAAAUCAUCCGGUGCUACUGUUUCAAAGAAAAACCUUCCUCCUGUGCCUGGCAAACUGGGAUCGUCCAAGCCUCAACCAGCAGCCGACGUGAAGGGGAGGCCCUCGGCAUUCGCGGUCACAGCAGCAGCCGCCAACAACAACAACAACAAGAGAAAGAGAGACAACCGGAAGCAAAACUCGACCGAGGAGGCCAGAGCUCAAGCGGAGCGAGAGGCCGCCAGGAAAAGAGUCCAGGAACGUGAGAAAUCUUCGCUGGGAUUGUACCAAGCUUACUGAAACGUCACGGGUUGCGGAAGUGAGAAAACAGAGGAUGAGUAAAUCGACAGCCAGAAGCAAGCUAUUGCUUCCAAAUCGAUUGGAUCAAGCCAAGUGUAUGUAUUUUACUUUUUUUCUUCCAGGUUUACGGACUAAACUCUCAAAAAAUUUCUCAGUUGUUCCAGGUUGAUGAAAAA